AUGUCACAAGUACAAGUUGCAGCCCCGGCUCCAGUAGCAAGAAAAAGAGCAAGAAAGGCAGCACCAGCCCAUCCAAAGUUCCUUGAUAUGGUAGGAGAAGUCAUCGGAACACUGAAAGAUCGAAAUGGCUCAUCGCGUCAAGCGAUUUGCAAAGCCAUUCUUGGCAAGUAUCCGAGUGUGAACCCAGAUACGAUGAACAGCCAUGUUCGUAAAGCGUUGAAAAGAGGUCUCGAAACUGGUGCUCUCGCAAGACCUGCACGUUCCUCUGCUACUGGUGCAACUGGGAGAUUUAAGUUGGGUGCCGUGAAACCAGCUAAGCCUGCGAAGAAAAAAGCUGCAAAGAAACGAGUGACAAAACGACCAGCAAAGAAAGCCGGCGUGAAGAAAGCGGCAAAACCAAAAGCUAAAUCUCCUCGUAAAAAGAAAGCAGCAGCUGGAAAGAAGAAAACUGCAGGCAAGAAAGCAACCAAAGCAAAAACAAAGAGAGCCAGCCCGAAGAAGAAAGCAAAACCAGCAACAAAGAAAGUCGCGAAGAAACCAAAAGCAAAGAAGACUCCGACGAAAAAGCCCGCCAAAAAGUAA